ACCAAAAGUGUGACGAAAGGGAAGUUGCUGGAUGAGUUUCCGCACGAGGUCUGUCCAAACAACGUCCCUGCCAUGGCAACGACGCAAGUCUGGGUCCCGCUCGUGCUUCUUUCUGUGAGUUUAGCCGAAGAGGUUCAGCUAAGUCACAAACCAGACUCAAAACCUGUGCGACUUUUCACUGAGGAAGAGCUCCAGAGAUACGACGGCAGCCAGGAAGGCCAGCCCAUUUACAUGGCAAUAAAGGGUGUUGUGUUUGAUGUCUCCAAAGGAAAAGAGUUUUAUGGUAAAGAUGCUUCAUAUAACGCUCUCGUUGGGAAGGACUCCACCCGAGCUGUGGCCAAGAUGUCCCUGAACCCAGCAGACCUGACAUCUGACACCACAGGACUCACGGAGGAGCAGCUCCAGUCUUUGGACAGCGUGUUUGAAGGGACGUACAAAGCUAAGUAUCCCAUCGUGGGUUACACCGCAGCGCGUCUCCUCAACGCGGACGGAAGCCCCAACAAAGACUUCAAACCAGAAGACCAGCCUCACUUUCCAACCAGAGAUGAAUUUUAACGUCAUCUCAGGUUUUUGUUUUUCUACUCUGGUCAAAAAGUGUUCCGAUGAUUAUGUAAGAUUCGUUCCCAUUAUUCUUACUUGUUGUGUUCCCUGUGGGUUAUUUGUCUUCUCUGUUUUUGACAAAUUUCUUGAGUCAUCUAGUUUUACCCUACUUGUUGCCUGAAAGUGCAGGUAUAAAAGUCCAGACCUGGAAGGUCCCUGCCCUGCAACUUUUAGACGCGUCUCUGCUGCACCACACCUGAAUAGAAUAUUUAAGUCAUUAGCAAGGCUUUGGAGAACUGAUCUACACCAGGAGAAGGUAAUUAAUCCAUUUCAUUCCAGUGUUUUGUACCUAUGGCACAUCUAAAAGCUGCAGAGCGACCUCGAGAACGAGCUCUGGUGUUUGAGACUCCUGCCUUAAAGAGAGAUUUUAUUAGUGUUGCUGAAAAUACCAAUAUUCAUAGAAAAUGUUCAUUUCAAAAAUGUGAAAUAAACAACCUACUGUA